GCGGAGGGGUAUAAAUAAGUAAGAGGGAGCUCUUUUUCAAAACCCCUAAGCAGAAGAAGGCAAAACGGACCGGAACUGAUUUGAACGCGGCCGCUUCUUCUCCACUCCGCCACCAUGAAGUUCAAUAUCGCCAACCCGACUACGGGAUGCCAAAAGAAGCUUGAAAUCGACGAUGACCAGAAACUUCGAGCAUUUUUUGACAAGAGGAUCUCUCAGGAGGUCAGUGGAGAUGCUCUUGGAGAGGAAUUUAAAGGCUAUGUGUUCAAAAUCAUGGGAGGAUGUGACAAGCAGGGAUUUCCAAUGAAACAGGGAGUCUUGACUCCUGGUCGUGUCCGUCUCUUGCUGCACAGAGGAACACCUUGCUUCCGAGGAUAUGGUAGGCGCAAUGGAGAGCGAAGGAGGAAGUCUGUUCGUGGAUGCAUUGUGAGCCCUGAUCUCUCUGUUCUUAACUUAGUAAUUGUGAAAAAGGGUGAGAAUGAUCUUCCUGGACUGACUGAUACUGAGAAACCAAGAAUGAGAGGUCCCAAGAGGGCGUCAAAGAUUCGUAAACUCUUCAAUCUCUCAAAGGAGGAUGAUGUCCGAAAGUAUGUCAACACUUACCGUCGUUCAUUCACCACAAAAACUGGAAAGAAAGCCAGUAAAGCUCCCAAGAUUCAGAGAUUGGUCACUCCAUUAACUUUGCAGAGGAAGAGAGCAAGAAUUGCUGAUAAAAAGAAGAGAAUUGCGAAGGCGAAGGCAGAUGCGGCUGAGUAUCAGAAGCUCCUUGCACAGAGAUUGAAGGAGCAGAGAGAACGUCGUAGUGAGAGUUUAGCCAAGAAAAGAUCCAGGCUUUCUGCUGCUUCUAAGCCUUCUAUUGCAGCUUAAGUUGCCUCAGAAAUUAAAACCAGUCAGAUUACGACGGUAAGUUGAAUGUCAGGAAUUUGUUUUCAUAUUUUGAAAGGCUUUACAACUGCAUUUGAAAGUGCUUCGAUAUUGCUGAGUUACCGGAUUGUUUGAUUUAAAACAUUCAAUUUUGACAAUUUAAGAGUUGCAGCGCAUCAAGUCAUUCA